AUGCUAGCCUCAACCAUCCGCACAGCCCUCGGCACCACCUUUCCUCGCACUGCACUCUCCUCCACCCGAUCCCUCUCCACCUCUCUGCCGCAUCUAUCCUCUGCUGCUGCUGCUUGGAAGGAAUACCAAAACAUCCUCGUCUCCUCCCCUGCCGCCGGUGUUACACUGAUCACCCUCAACCGACCCAAAGCACUCAACGCUCUCAACUCUGCUCUCUUCCACGAACUCAACGAAGCAACCGAGAUCGCAGACAAUGAUCCUUCCAUCUCUGCCAUCGUCCUCACCGGUUCCGAAAAGGCCUUCGCAGCAGGCGCAGACAUCAAAGAGAUGAAAGACAAGCAAUACGCAGAUGCUUACAAAACCAACUUUUUGGGUCAUUGGACCAAAUUGGCUCAGGUUAGAAAGCCGAUUAUUGCGGCUGUGAGCGGCUUUGCGCUUGGUGGAGGUUGCGAGUUGGCGAUGAUGUGCGACAUCAUCCUAGCCUCGCCAACAGCUAACUUUGGUCAACCCGAGAUCAACCUCGGCGUCAUCCCCGGUGCUGGUGGUACUCAACGUUUGACCAAAGCCGUAGGGAAGUCGACUGCGAUGGAAAUGGUUUUGACCGGACGCAGCCUUAGCGCUGAUGAUGCCGAACGUCGGUGUUUGAUCUCCCGUGUUGUUAGAGAGGGUAGUGUUGUUGAUGAGGCUGUCAAAGUUGCUAGUACUAUCGCAAAGAAAGGCCAGAUCGCUGUUCAGGCUGCUAAGGAGGGUGUCAAUGCUUCGUUCGAAUUGAACCUGCAAGAAGGAACUCGAUUCGAACGACGUCUUUUCCAGAGUCUCUUUGCUACCAAGGAUCAGAAGGAAGGUAUGGCUGCUUUUGCUGAAAAGCGUAAGGCUCAGUUUACGCACGAGUAA